AUGUCCGCCCUCGCUACCAGCCUCAUCGUUCUUCUGGGUCUCGCCGUCGCAUUGCACAUUCUGCAAGAGCGCGGCCUCAAGUGCAUUGGCCUUGCACCUCACCAGGUCAAGUUCCCUGGCCCAUCGACAGUGCCUUUCUUCGGUAACUUCUUGGAGCUACGCAAUGGCCACGCUCGCACAUUCAUGCGCUGGGCAGAGAAGUUCGGUCCGAUCAUCCGCAUCGUCAUUGGCGACCGCGAGGCGGUCAUCCUCAACACUUACAACGCGGUUCAAAAGACUUUGAUCUCUCAGGGUCAGGCUUUCCAAGGCCGCCCCGAGUUCCGCAUGUACCACGGUCUCUUCGCUAUGGCUUCAGACCAUGACGCGCCGCCGACUCUUGGCACGUCUCCCUGGACUGACAAGAUCUCGACGUACCGCAAGCACCUCGGUCUGCAGACAGCGGGCCACAAGCUCCGCCGCUACAACCACUUCGUCGCGCGCCGCCUCUUCCGCUUCGUGAACCUGCUCGCUGCCGACUCCAAGAAGGGCACUCGCGACCUUGGCUUCGCGAUGUGGACGACCUCGAUCGGUUUGAGCGCAGACAUGUGCUUCGGAACGCGUAUUGGCGAGGAAGAGGCGCGCGUGAUCUCCUACUCCGAGAUUGACAUCUUCCGCGAGCCGCGCACCCUCGGCCAGCCGCUGCACAUCGCCGUCCCUAUCCUCGACAUGGCACAGAAGGCGCUCCGCCCCGCACACAGUCUUCUUCGCAACCUUGGCUUGAGCGGCUUCCUCGACGACGUCGACCGUAGCGAAGAGGCGGCGAAGAAGCUGCGCGUGACUGAGAUCGGAUAUGUCGGGCGCCUCAAGGAAGAGACCAAGGCGCGCGUGCGCGCUGGUGACGCGACCCCUAGCCAGCUCGGCGACAUCAUCCGCACCUUCGGCGACAGCUACACCGCGCACGACGAGUACAAGGUCGCAACUUCUCUCGUCGGCUCGGGCAUGGGCACUGGCACUCUCAUCCUAUGGCUUGCGGCGCUCCUCGCUUCGCGCCCGGACAUUCAGGCUGAGGCGCGCGCUGCGAUUGAGGCUGAGUACGCCGGAGAGGUUCCCGACCCGCUCGACACGGACCGCGUCGAGUACAUCUCCGCCCUCGGCAUCGAGGCCGGCCGCUACUUCGCCUCCACCCGCCUUGGCUUCCCUCGCGAGACGACUGAGGAUGUCGAAGUCGAUGGUGUCCGUAUCCCCAAGGGGACAGUGGUCAUGCACAACACUUUCGCGGUCAACCGCGACCCGGCGCGCUACGACCGUCCCGACGAGUUCCUUCCCGAGCGCUGGUGCGCGGGUCACUACGGCCGCGUCGACAAGAAGGGCCCGAGGGUCGGCGUUCCCCACUUGAACAACGGCGUCGGCCGUCGCUACUGCCUUGGAGUUCCUUACGUCAACAAGGUUCUUUACGGCACGAUCAUCCUUCUUCUUCACUUCUUCGACCUCCAGCGCGACAACCUUGACGCCGAGGGCCUCAAGGAGGUCUUCCCGGCCUACCGCGCGGACGGUGCCGAGGCGAGCGCGACGAUGGACCCUAUCGCUGAUCAAGUGUCCGAGUGCGCUGCGCAGGCGCUGCCUCGCGCAGCGGGCGUGCGCCUCACCCCGCGCGACCCUGCACAGCUUGCACACUGGCUCACCGAGGGCCACGCGGAGAUGGACCAGUUCGAGCGCCCCGACGAGAGCGAGGGCCUCCGCUGCUGA